GACGACCGGUGAAUGAUUUCUCCCAGCAGCCCCCGCGCCGGCCGCCUCCUCCUCGCUCCCCGGACUGAACAUGGCGUUCACGUUCGCGGCCUUCUGCUAUAUGCUCGCUCUUCUCCUCACCGCCGCCCUCAUCUUCUUCGCUAUCUGGCAUAUAAUCGCAUUUGAUGAAUUGAAAACCGACUACAAGAAUCCUAUAGACCAGUGUAACACGCUCAAUCCGCUCGUGCUCCCGGAAUAUCUCAUCCAUGCGUUCUUCUGCGUCAUGUUUCUAUGUGCCGCGGAAUGGCUCACUCUCAGUUUAAACAUGCCGCUGCUGGCGUACCACAUCUGGAGGUAUAUGAGCCGGCCGGUGAUGAGCGGCCCCGGCCUCUAUGAUCCCACCACUAUAAUGAAUGCCGAUAUUCUGGCAUACUGUCAGAAGGAAGGAUGGUGUAAGCUCGCUUUUUACCUGCUCUCGUUUUUCUACUAUCUUUAUGGCAUGAUUUACGUCUUGGUGAGCUCCUAAGGACUCUGAAGACGCCGGCUCCAGCUAUUUGCAUGCAAACUAUAAACAUUAUAGGCAAAUGAUCCGACAAGAUCCACUACAAUGGCCAACGAGCCCCCGGAAGACCUCGAGUGGGGAAACGCCGCUUCCCGGGUUCCAACAGAUCCAGAUUUGUGAAGAUGGGAAGUUUUUUUUUUUUUGUUUGUUUUUCUUUUAUGAAGACUGAGAAAUUUAUGUAUAUUUAUCAUUCUUUGAAAAGUUGUCUUUUCCCGCAAAUUUACUUGCUGCUUUUUUCUUAUGUACCCUCCUAUAUCUAUAUAUCCUUUUUUUUCUUUUUUUUUUUGCAAGUCAUCUUGCAGCAUUGUUAGAGCAACAAGGCCAGACGCGGGCCGCAGGAAACCUUCUCCUCCGAGUGACCAACGCACAAUUCACAACCCUGUAAUUUUGGAAUAAACUCCUCGCUGUUGAUUUUA